AUGAUCAGUUCAAUGAAACUGCCACCAAUUCUAACAAAAGAUAAAUCUGAACAAAACAAACAAAGAAAUACAAAUAAUCCAUGCAUAUGUAAAGCAAAUUAUACCCUCUUGUAUACACAACUUAAUAAACAAAAAAUCACCCUGCCACCUAAACGUAAGACAAUCACAUAUAACAUCCUAAAAGAGAAUGUUAAAAGGAGUAUUAAGAAUGGAAGAUAUUCAGAUGCCAUAACAGUAGCUCGUAGUCAGGAAGUUCAAUCUGGCUUCAACACUUCGGAAGAAGCAGAUCAUGCAGAGGAAAUGUUUAUUCCGGAGAGAUAUUCUUCUUCAACAGAAAAAGAGGAUAAUUCAUGUCAAGAAAGUCAACUGUCUCCAUUUAUCAGUGAGUAUGAUAUAGAAUUACAAAGAAAAGAAUACGAAGAAGGCUUUCUUAUCAAAUCUAUGCCAAGUACAAGAUGUAAGAAGGGUAGUAAUUAUGAUUUGAAAAUGUUAUUCACUUAUAUCACUGUAGCGAAUGAACAAGCCACACUAAUCUGCCUGUUAACAGUCAAUAAUAUCAUAAGGAAAUUAAGCAGUGAAUCAAUUCAAGCUUUAGAAAAAUCGAAUGCAAUGAUAAUUCUAUUAAAUUUUCUUGAAUAUAACAAAAUUACAAUACAAUUAGCAACAUUAAAGAUAUUUAGGCAUUUAUUUGAAACACUUUACUUUCGACGUUUAUCUCUUCACUAUGGGAUAGUAGACAUUUUAAUUGUACUGAUCACAUAUACUAAUAAUGAUGAAAUUGUAUACAAGACUGCUGAAUUACUUGCCAGCUUAUGUAUACUUAAAGAAUCAUAUCAUUUAUUUUCUAACAUAAAAACUAUAAAAUGUUUAACUAAUUUAUUAAAUAAAACUCAAUAUCACUUAAUGAAAAAUCACAAUAUUUGUCAAAACAUCAAAAGUAGAUGUUUGAAUGAAUCAAAGUUUAAAAAAUCUGAAGGUCAUUUUACCGGCGGUUUUUAUAAUGUGCAUUAUCAACUUACAGAGUUAUUAGUAUUUAUUUUAUCAAAAUUAAGCGAAGAUAAAAGGAAUAGAGAAUUAAUUUCUAAUUCGAAUAUCUUACACUGUUUAACAAUGUUAAUAAAAUUGGACGGUGAAGAGUUAACUGUACCUAUUUUAAAAUUAUUAGAAAAUUGUUCAAUGGAUUUAAAGUUUUGUAAAUUAAUUGUUGAAGAAGAAGAUGGCAUUCUGGUGAAGUAUGCUAUUAACUGUUUACAGUCUAGAAGUAUUUACGUGGAGAUUCAAAGUUUACAAUGUCUGUAUCACUUGAUGAAGAAUCAUAAAGUGACUGCUACACAUUUAAACUCUUCAAAUUUUCAGCAUACUUUAUAUUCAAAACUCAAUGUUCAAUUUGAAAAUCUUGUUCAGUUAAUUCAAUCAGGAUAUUUAAAUAGUGCAGAUAAUGAACUUGAUGAUGAUGAAGAAAUACUUGUCUCAGAGAAUGAAAAUAGUUCAGAAAGUGAUGAAUAUCUAAAGAGGAGAGGAGAAAUGACAACACUGCAUAAUUCAUUCAUUUACAAGAGUAAUUUGUUCACUAAGUCCAGUACAAAGCAGAUGAUUAUACUGUACAGCCUUCAUGCUAUUUUAGUCGUUAUCAGUAGAUAUCUCGAUAGGGACUUAAAUUCUGUCAAACAUCAGAGUUUUUUAGACUUAAUAAUUAGCAUUGUCAACCUGAUAUUACCAUAUAUGUUAAUCUACAAACUCCCAAAAUCUCCACUCUCUUUACAUUUACAUAAAUUUGUAUUAUUAGAGAAAAUCAUGUCAUCAGCACUUCAAUGUUUAAGUGCACUCAUCCAACCGGAAGAUAUUUCUCAAUGUUUAAAAUUAAAAUCAAAUGUUGUUGGAGAAAUUAUUCAAUUACUGAAACAUCCCUCCAUAGAGAUUGUAAUAUCUACUCUGAAUGCUGUUAAAUCUAUGUCUCAAAAUACAUAUUUAUUAAAACUUUGUACACAAAAUUCUGGUUUUCGUUAUAUCUAUUCACACUGCUUUCAUAAGAAUCCUUAUGUACAAAAAAUUGCUUUAUGGACUACAUAUUAUUGUUUAAAUAGAGUGGAAAAUCGUUAUGAACUUAUUCAACCUAUAAGGAGUUCACUUGGUUAUUUAGUUAAAUCCUUAUUGAGACUGUCUCAAAAAUUGAUUGAUACUACUCUAACAAAUUCAAAAGAUAUUGAAGAAUUAGUCUAUGCUCAUUGUUCAGUGAUCAAUGAAAUUUGUUUUACUACAAUUGGGCGUAAUAUUCUAGAAGAUUAUGGAUUCAUGUUAUUAAAUAUUAAAUUAUUACAAAUUGUUAAUUGUGAGAAAUUAAAAUGCAGUUUAAUACAGUUAAUUAGACACUUUUAUGCACAAGCUAAAACGUUAGAAUUAUUCAGAGAUGAAGAGAAUCUUUCAGUAAUUAUUGAGUGUUUAAGAAAAGGGAGUUUAGAAUUACGCUCCAGAGCUGUAGAGAUAUUAGAACUGCUGUCUAAUGAUAAAAUUAUAUGUGCUAAUUUAAGACUGCGUAAUAUUUUGUCAAUCUUAAUGAAAACUGAAUUAAACAAACUGUCAGAAUCAUCUCAAAUUUCGUUAAACAGUUUAAUUAAACGAUUGAAUUGUAAAAAACAUUUUUCUACAAGUGAGCAUAGACUAUAA